UUUCAGUCUCUCGAGGAUGGUGAUGGCUUCCCGGACCUCGAGGAAGAUGAGGAAAUUGACCAAUUCAAUGAUGAUACGUUUGGAGCAGGAGCGAUUGAUGAUGAUUGGCGGGAGGAGCAUGAUCGACUGGCAGAGAUGGAGGAGAAGCAUGCAGACUCUCACCUUUUGGCCAGAAGCUCCCCCCGCAUCACAGAUCCACUGGGGGAUCAGCAGGAGGAACUGGAGCACAGCCUGAGCCAGCUGGUGAGAGAGAUUGAAGAGCCAGCACUGCCAAGAGGGUCACGUACCCAGCUUUCUUCUCGGAUAAACUCCAGUAUAUGGGAUCCCGACUUGAGGCCGAUCAGAGGGCCUUUGCUCACAGAGGAUAUGGGUCCGCUGUCAUUACUACAUGAGUAUGGCUUAGGUCCCAUGCCUCCACCUGGCCGCGAUGACUCAGAACAAGAUGCAUCAGAAAGAGCUUUGCCCCGUCGCUCUACUUCUCCAGUUAUUGGAAGCCCCCCUGUGCGAGCUGUUCCCAUUGGCACUCCACCAAAACAUGUUGGCCCUAUAUUCACUCAGCAGGUUUUGUGCCCAAAUCCUAUCCACAUUCGAGCUGCCUCAUCCCCAUUCAACAGCCAUCCGAAUAACCCGGCAGCGCUUUUGAGACACCCGUUCUCUUCUGCCCUCACCCCACUUCAGCGGGCACAGCUCCUGGGAGGAGCACAGGCAGCCGCAGGCCGGAUGUCACCCAGCCAGUUUGCCCGUACUGCUGGCCUCCAUGCACCUGCUAUGGCUGGUGUUACCCCCAAGCUUCUACAGGGUCAUGUGGGUCCAAUGGUGGCACCAGGAGCUGGAGGGUUUCGGCCUUUCUUUGGUGUAUCUCCCGCAGCUGCACCGGGAGCUCAUCUCAAAAAUCUAAGGUCUUCACAGCAACAACCGCAGCGGCAGCCACUUCCAUUCCUCCCAGACACGACUCAUCUUCAUCCGCAGCACAGGCGCCUGCUUUAUCAGCGCCAGCAAAACCGCAAUCAGCAUCGAGGAAUGAAUGGCACUGGAGGGGACCGUUCUUCCCGCCCCCAACUUACAGAACCUCAUCGGCGGGACCCCUAUGCUGGUCUGAUGCUUCAGCGAGAAAAGGAGUGGGUGUGUCGUAUCCAGCUUCUCCAACUGCAGAGUACAGACCCCUAUCAUGAUGACUUCUACUACCAGAAUUACUUUGAGAAGUUAGAUAAGCUGUCUGCCAGCCAAGACAGUCUGAGUGAGGGCCCUAAAAAAAGAGAGGACGAAGCUGAUCACACCACAAGUGGCCAAACUGGAGCACACCUACAAGCCAGUACAGUUUGAAGGCUCUCUUGGGAAGCUGACCGUCUCUAGCGUGAACAACCCUCGGAAGAUGAUUGAUGCCGUAGCUACACAUCGUUCUGAUGAAGAGGAAACCCGGGAGAAACAAGUGAGAGACAAGAGACGGCAGACCUUAGUAGUAAUUGAGAAGGCUUUCUCUGUCUUGUUGGAGUUGGAAGACUUUGAGCGACGUUUUUCAUUGUGCUGUGAAGAAGAGGAGAGAGAGGUGCUGACUGAGGAACGCAGGCACAAGCUGCAGCAGCUCUGUGACAUCUUACAGGGGAAGGAAGGAAUUGAGCGAGCAGCCGAGGAGCAGUUUGUCCAGAUCAUGUGUAUUAGAAAGGGGAAGCGACUGGUGUCUCGGAUCAUCCGCUUGUUGCCUCUUCAGCUAAGUGUAGCUUUACUGUCCACCACUGCGCACAGCUUGCCUUUCCUUAUCAAGAAGGAUUAUCAAGAUCAGAUACUUCCCUGUCUGGUCAGCUCCUGUGCCCAUGUGAUUAGCCAACUGUCUGCUCUUGCUCUCACUUCCCUUUUACAGAGUGUGUGUGGCUCUGGAAUUGCUUCCCCCCAGCAGCAGUUGUUAUCUGUUUUACAGAACAAGUUUGGACUGACAUUAGUGUGCCAGAUUCUGGGGAGAGCUGAAGAGCUGUUGAGUUCUGAAAAUUCCACAACACUGAAUCAGUCACUCUGGACACCUUUGGUUGCACAAGUCGCUCACUUCCUGCUGCAGAUCCAAGCCACCUCCCUGGCCCAGCCUCUCUGCUCUCCAGUCACUGCUCUGCUUCACUUCUCACGGUACCUCGACGAUCAGACUUUCGGACAACUACAGUCUAAGCUUAGGU